UUUUAUUUUAUUUUUGGUUAUUUUUUUUCCUCUCUUCUUCACAGUGACAGUUCUACUUCUAUUUCAUUCGCCUCAUCCACACAGCGAUUAGACUCAUAGACAGCUCCUGUUAUGGCUGCAACAGUUUCUCUCUCCUCCACCUUUGACACCCACCCCCACCACCACCACCACCAUAUCGCUCAUUUCAAACCCCGCCAUGCACCAUAUUUCAAUACCUUACUACCAAAGCCCAAACACCCUCUUCCCCUUCAACACAAAUCCGGCUGUUACCGCCUCGUACUACCUUUAUUUUCCUCCUCCGAUUCCCCUUCUUCAACCUCUUCAUUUUUCCAAGACCCACUAAGAACAGGUCGGUUUCUGAGCAAUGAAGAACUUGAGAAGCUCCGAAUUCUCGAAAAUUUCAGGUAUUCGCAUGAGUUCGAAUUUGGGUCUAUGUGGGUCCGGGUGAUGAGAGCAGAGGAGAUUGAUAUUACGGCUAAUUUGCUUGCCGAAUCGUUUGCGGUGUCCUUGUUAUUGCCUAUUGCGUAUGUGAAGCUGUUGGCGUACCUGGUGAAGCAGUAUUUGAUUGAGAAAAGAGCUUUAAUGCCGCAUACAGCAACGCUGGUUGGGUUUUACAAAGGUGUGGACGGUGGGGAAGAAGAAGAACAAUUGGCUGGGACUGUGGAGGUUUCUUUCAACAAGCGAGGAGCUAAUGCCUCUCCUCCCACACCCACUCCUCCCAAGAAUUCGCCUUAUAUUUGUAAUAUGACAGUCAGGGAGCCGCUUCGAAGGAGGGGCAUUGGUUGGAAUCUUUUAAAAGCAAGUGAGGAGCUGAUUUCUCAGAUGAGUUUGAUGAGAGACAUAUACUUGCACUGCAGAAUGAUUGAUGUAGCUCCCUUCAACAUGUAUACAAAAGCAGGUUACAAGAUUGUUAAGACAGACAGCAUCUUGAUCCUGUUGGCAUUGCAGAGGCGUAAGCACUUGAUGUGCAAGAAACUUCCAGUCCUAGACGACCCUUCAGAAAUCUAUUUGUCUGGCCCUGAUGAGGCACUUCAUGAGUAGACAUGUGGAAACUGCUAAUGUUCCUACUCUGCCACAUAAACUCAUAGUUUCUCGAGUAACCCACUCUUUUCCCUUUCUUUCCUCUCUCUAAACUUGUGGAGGAAUUACUGUUCUUUUUCCACUGCUUCUUUCUUUUUGAUAAGAUAUUCGGAUUUCUCUUUUCCUAACAUCUCCCUUGUAAGAUGUGUAUUUGAUUGCUAUCUUGGAUUCUCCUGGUACCAACAUUGUUCAUCCAGCUAGGUUGAUUUUUGGCUGUGUUCAAAUCUGAUGGUCCAUGCUCCAUUGCCUAUGUUUCAUCAUGUCUUUGGUAGAGAUCCAUUUUCUUGUGGUUGAGUUCCACUAGACAUGUCCAUCUUGCUCCAGCGUUGCCUAGUCAUACUAUUGUACAGAGAAACCACUGCUAAGUUCAUCAUUUGGCCUAACUUAUUCAUCUGUUUUUCUUAGUGAGCAGAGUCUGAAAUAAAACUUCUAUUCAAUGGUUGCAAAGAUAUCCUUGAUUACCUUAUCCCUUAUCCUAUCCUAUGCUCUCAAUCUUUGAAGCUAGUCCUUUGAGUUUUUUUAUUUAUCAUUUGAGUUGUUGCAUUGCUCGUCUUGCCAAGAUCAUGAAUGGAAUUGGGAGUGCCUUCAAAAACCAAGGGUCUAGAGAGAAGAAUAUUUCCAUUGGUAGCGGUGACCAGAAGUUCCAAUGCAAGGUUUUCUUCCUUCCCUCCUGUAUUGUUAUAUGUGGAUUCAUAUUUUGUAUAUGUAUCAACUUGAACUUUCUUCUCCCAUUUUUUUCCUUCAUCUUAUAGAGUGAAUAAAUUCAACAUCAACGAGUAUGAGUAUGAAUUUUGGAGUGAUUUAA